UUAUACCGCUCGCCCCAUCCCCACCGUCCCCUCUUCCCCACUUACACCCCGCCACCCGCCACCCCCCACUACACACCCCAGCAGCGCGUCGCGUCGGUCGCGUGGGAUUUCUCGUCGUACUCACCCGUCUUAUCAACCUUCGCCCCAACGGCCUCCCGCUUCCCAGCAAGCGUAGUACGCCUUCCCAUUUCCUACCCUCCACCCUAUUCCCCCCUGGAGCCACCCGCCUUAUAUACUCGAGGCCCCUCAGCGCGUCCCCCACCACACUCCUUAAACACCACCACCCCUCUCCCCCAGCCUACUUCUCAGCAGCAUCCCAAUGGGCAAGUCUGUCAACAAGAAAAAGUCGCAGUCCGGCCUCUCCACCCCUCCCACCCUAUCCACCACCCCGCCCAACAAGGCGCUCUACCCCACCAUCUCCCUCCGCUCGUCCUCCCCCUCCUCGAUCGCUUCCCGGGAGAACGACCACGCCCAAGGCAGCUCCGCCCCUUCCACCCAGCUGUCAGCCCGUUCGUCUCUGAUGAACGUCCUCACCAAACCGCGGCACUCGCCCAUGUCGUCGAUCUCGGGCGGCGAGGGCCUGAUGACACCCGAGGAGGAGUACUCUGACCUCUCUACGGUCAGCAGCUACGCCUCUAGCAUCAUCUCUGGCACCCACAACAAGGAGAGCGUGGGGGUGGAAGAGAUCGCCAAGGUGUAUGAGGAUUAUUUGGAGACGCCGUUUGUGCAGACAAAGGCUACGAUCAAGCAUAGCGAAUUUGGGCAUGACAACAACCCGAAUUGGAGGUGGACCAGUCAGUGGAACCCGAACGAGGCGAUUCAUGCCGAGGAAGAGCCUCAACCGUCAUACUUCACUUUGCUCAGUACAUACACCAGUUACAUCGUCCUCAUCGUCAUCGGACACAUCCGUGACUUUUUCGGCAAGUAUUUCACUCCCCAGAACUAUGCCCACCUCAUGCCCCAGAACGGCUACGCCGCUCUGAACUCUGAUUUCGACUCGUUCUACACCCGUCGCUUGAAGCAGCGUCUCGACGACUGUUUCGCUCGCCCCACCACCGGUGUCCCCGGCCGUACCGUCGUAUGCUACGACCGUGUCUCCAACGACCAGAACAACAACUUUCACUUUACCGGUACUACCACCCGCGCCCUCAACGUCUCGUCCUACAACUAUCUCGGGUUCGCCUCGUCCACUGGCGGGUGUGCUGAUGCCGUCGAGCUCGCUAUCAAGCGAUACGGUGUGGCCUCUGGCGGUGUACGACAUGACGCGGGUACUACCGACUUGCACGUCCAGUGCGAAAAGCUCGUCGCCAAGUUUAUGGGUGUGGAGUCUGCCAUGAUCCACUCGAUGGGCUACGCCACCAACUCGACCACCAUCCCCGCCCUCGUCGGUAAAGGCUGCCUCGUCAUUUCCGACGAGUUCAACCACGCCUCGAUCCGAACGGGUGUCCGUAUGAGCGGUGCCGCCAUGCGAUGGUUCAAGCACAACGACAUGAAGGCUUUGGAAAAGCUGUUGAGAGAAGUCAUCAGCCAGGGUCAGACGAGGACGCACAGGCCUUGGAAGAAGAUUUUGGUCAUUGUGGAGGGUUUGUUCUCGAUGGAGGGAAGUUUGGUGCCUUUGCCCAUUCUCAUGGACCUCAAGAGGCGUUACAAGUUCUACUUGUACGUCGACGAAGCCCACUCUGUCGGUGCUAUGGGCCCCAACGGCCGAGGCGUCUGCGACUAUUUCGGUAUCGACCCCCGCGAAAUCGACAUUCUCAUGGGCACCGUCACAAAGUCUUUCGGUGCUGCCGGCGGCUACGUCGCCGGCUCCAAAGAGCUCAUCGACCGCCUCCGCGUCCGAUCCCACGCUACCGCCUACGCCGAGUCUGUCUCCCCCGCCGUCCUUGCCCAGAUCAUCGCCUCCAUGGGCAGCAUCAUGGGCAUCGCCCCCCCUCUCGCCGCGCCCGCCGACGACGAUUCCGACGCGCUCUCCAUCGCCUCCCGUCCUGCCGUAUACGGCCCCGCCCCCGCCUCCCUCCUCCCCCCAUGGCUCACCCUCCCUCCCCAGCUCUUGAACGGCACAGAGGGCCGCGAGCGUCUACGCCGUAUCGCCUUCAACGCCCGCUACCUCUCCUCCGGGCUGCGCAAACUCGGCUUCAUCGUCUACGGCAACCGCGACUCCCCCAUCAUCCCGCUCCUCAUCUACCAACCCGGCAAGAUGGGCUACUUUUCACGUAUGAUGCUCGAACGCGUCGGGGCGGACAAGACGCCCAUCGUCGUCGUCGUCGUCGCCUACCCCGCCACGCCGCUCAUCACCUCGCGCGUGAGGUUCUGCCUGAGCGCGAGCCAUACGAAGAAUGAUAUUGAUCUGAUUCUGAGGGCGUGUGAUGAGGUGGGGGAUGUGCUGGGGUUGAAGUAUGCGAGGCAGGAGAUGAGUGUGGAGGAGGUUAUUGGGAGUGCGGAGGAGUUGGUGGCUGCUUCGAGCGUUUAAGCGUCUCUAGCGUCCUGAGCGUUGGAGUUUGAGCGUUGGAGCAGGCACACGAUGGACUUGUAGCUAUUAUUUAUCGAUAUUUGGAGAAGGAGCAGGAUCAGGGGUAAAGGGGAGUAUUUACCCCGGGAAUCCUUCGACUACCGCAUCACCCCCCCACCCUUUCUUUUCAACAACAAACCAAUUAAACCAUUUCGCAUCUUGUCUAUCAUCUCGUUCCCCUCUUCUUUUCUCCUUUUAUUCUUCUUAUUUCUUUUUCAGGGGUUCCUUAUCAUGAUAGUCACUUGUUCCGCUUCAUAGUAUUUCCUCUUCAUCGACUUUUUUCUCUCUAGUAUUCUGCAUUCAUGUGAACACCUAUCCGAUAGCCUACGGGGGAAGGUUUGGCAUGUGUGUAAUAGCAGUUUGAGAUCAAUAUGAAUUACCGAGAUACAUAUAGACACCCAACAGAUCUCGG